UGAAAAAGGAAAAGGUUAAUCUUACAUAUAUUCAAUAUCAUUUGAAAACAUACUUUGAACAAAAGUGAGUAUGCUGCUCUCUUUUUGGAAGAAAGCAGAGCAAAAAGCAAUGGAACUUGUUUUAUUUCUCCAUCUUUUUUCAAAAAACUAUGGAUUGAAAACAUUUGCUUGAAUGGUUGAUUGACAACUUUAAAGGUGCCAUCCAUAUACCAAAUCUUUGAUGACGAUAAUAGUUUUAAUUGUUUUGCUGUUGCAAAAAUUAACACUCUUUCAUUUUGAUGUAAUAAAUCACAUUGAAGGAAACCAUCAGCAACAAAGGAGUGAUUAAGUAAAAAUGUCAAGGAUUCUGGUUCUUUUGGUUGGUUUUUUCUUCUGUGGUAAUUAACAACCUGCUUGCAAUUUGUAAUUUUUUUAUUUGCACUUUCAUUUUUGUAAUUUGCUUUAGAUUUUUCUUUGGUGAAUGAUUGUGAGGUUUAGAGCCUAAUGUAAAGUUACCACCAUUUUCAUUAACACUUCCAGGACAUUUUCCUUUUUUAUUUUUGCCACUACAUUUCCAAAUUCAAUUACAUUUUCUUGUUUGUUUAACUGUAUAUGAAAAUCCAUUAUGAAGAAGCAGAUGUUUUCCUUUUUGACUUCCAUUUUCAAAUAUUUCAAAAGAUCCAUCAGUCAGCAAAAUACUCUCUUCUACAUCUUCAAAUGAACUUUCAUCAACAUUCAUGUUUGUGUCCUCAUUUGAUUGUACAUUUGCAGCAAUUUCUUCAAUGAUACUUCCUUCUCUUUGUGAAACAACUGUAAUAUCUUUCUCAAUAGGUAUAUCAGUAUAAAAAUAUGUGCCAAUCUUGUGGUCUUCCAAAUCUUCUUGAGGAUGGCUUUCAUCAGCUAUUUCAUCACUUGUGAUAAGAGAAUCAAUCAUUUCAUUGUCAGAAACUAUUUGUUUAGCUUCAAAUUCCUUUUUGUCACAUCUUCUUAACACAAUCUUUGCUUGGCAAUUUUGAAUUGAAACACAAAGUGCACACAGAUUGUCUGCAAGAAAUAAUAUGAUACAUAUAAAUUUGAUUAAAAAUGAUUUUUAACAUACCUUGUAGACAAAUCCAAUGAUUAGUAUGUAUACAAAAGAGAGUAUUUUCUCUUUUUUUGCUUGUUUAUUGUCUUUUUGCAAGAAAAGCAUUGUGGCAUCAUUUUUGAAAUCUAAAAUUAGGAAAAUUUGAAAUGGUACACAUUGGAGCUUGAGUUAUAGAGACUGUUGAAGGUGUGCCAGCUAAUGUUGAACUCAGUUUUUCCCCAUAACCUUUACUACAUUUUAAGCAAAUAUCAGAAUUAGACCUCUUUUUACACAAAUCACAACCCUCAGGACAAGGGAAGCAGCUGCCAAUCAUACCAUGAAAACCAUAUUUAGAUGAGCAUUUGGAAGCAUAGCAUAGAGGAGAUGCUGCCUUAUCAUCUAUAAAAACCUAAAAAUGGCUAAAUCAGCAGAAAAACUUAUGUGCACCAUUUUCUGGGAUUCAUGGAUUAUGGUGAAACAGUCAACUCCAUCCAGUAUGUGGAGACCCUGAAGAGAUUAAGAAAGAGGGGAUUGGGGUGAAAACAGCCUUGGGAGAAAACAGCCUGGGAGAAAAUGGCCCACUUUUGGGAGAUAAUGGCCCAUAAAUAUAUUAACCUGUGAUUAUUACAAACAUUACAUAUCUUCUCCAUUUACCAUUUUCUCUGAUAUUACAUAAUAUGAGCAGCCAUGCACAGGAAGUUAUUAGUAUUUCCUGUUUAUUUAAUUAAGGGGGAUAAUAGAAAAAUUGAAAGAUUAUCUUUGUAUCAUUUUAUUGAAGAGCGAACUUUUACAGGUAACAUUUCUUUAUGUGAAUCAUUAAUAAUUUGCUAUUAAUGUCAUUAAAAUUUUUAUUUCUUUAUCCAAAUUUCAAAAUUAUAUUUCUUUCCAUAACUUAAACUUCAACUGUCUAAUCUUAGACUUUAAUACCUAUUAUUAGAAGAUAACUGACAUGCCAUUGAUUUGUUCAAACUGUGAAGGAAGAUUUUUUGGAAGACAAAAAAGAUUAAAAUGUACAAAUUGUAAAAAUUCUCUUCAUCAGAAAUGUUUAAAAGGUGCUGAUAAUGUAUGUAAAGCUUGUAAAACUUCUGAACAAGAAACAUCAAUUGUUGAGAAAUGUCAAUGCUGCAAUAAAAUACUUUUGGAGGGAAAAUGUACAAAUUGUACAAUCAUCUCUCUGAGAAAAUGCUUUGUUCAGCUAAAGAGAAUUCCUCAAACUUCCAAAAAUACAAUUUUUGACAGAGCAGCAUCUGACAUUGAAAGAGAAAAUAUCAGUGAAAUCAUUCACAUUGAUAUUGAAAGUGAAGAAAUAGACACUGAUAAUAACAAAGCAAAUUCUAGUCAUAUUGAAGAAUGCAGAAGUCAUGCAAAUAAUAUUGAAGAGGAUUCCUUUGAAAUAAAUGACAGCAUCAUUCGAACAGAAUCAGAGAAGACAUUUGAACUUAUUAUUGGAGGCAGUCAAAAAGGAAAUGAUAUUUUACUUCAUGAUGGCUUUGCUUUCAAUAAAAAGGUGAAUAUUCCAGAUGAUUUCCUGCAAAGAGAUGUAACUGUAGGCAAACACAUAAUUAUAAUUUUUGCUUCUAAUCAUCAACUGGCACUUUUAGGCAAGAUAUGUUACAUGGAUGGAACAUUUAAAAUUGUUAAACCACCAUUCAUUCAACUUUUUUCUUUGCAUUCAUUUUUAAAAUAUGAAGCAGAAAUGAAACAAGUGCCUUUAGCAUUUGUAUUAAUGACAUCAAAGAAAAAGAAAGCAUAUAAGAUUGUAUUUAAGGAAAUUCAAAGUCUAAUGAAUGGAUGGACACCAAAGAAAUUUGUUUUGAUUUUGAAAUGGGAUUGUGGACAGCUCUAG